CCAGUACCCACAAGGUGUCUCCUAGAUGUGAGACAGCACCACCAAUUCCAGGAAAAGUGAAGGGAUCUGGGCGGGCUACCGGAAGUUACUUCUGAUUUGACCAAUCACGUGAUCAGAAGUCCAGCAUGACGAGAGACCCGAACACAAGAGCUGGAACGAAGGGGUUUGGACUCUUCUCACUAGCCUCUCCUCUGUAGCUAGCCCCGACUGUCAUUAAAUUAAGCGAAAGUUGACCGGGCAUUUUUUUACAGCUUCUUUUUCAAUUUUAGUAAGCGAAGAAUGAUUAUUUUGAUAAAGAGCCAAAUGAAUUUAUGAACACUUUAACUUAAGUGGAGAUGUGUGACUACCUACAGUGGAGACAGAGGACCUCCCUGGUUUGCCAGUCUGGCAACUGACAGCUGUCAUAUAGGUGUUAGCUUACUAGCUAGGUGAGCUAACAGCUUUGCAGCUUAGCAAACUUUAGUAAGUGUUAGAAUCGGUUAGAUAAAUUAAAACGACAUUUUUAUCUUUAUUUGAUUCCGCAUUUUUUUCCUAGAUCAUGUCAGAUGAGUGUUGGCAACCAGUAUUUCUAAUAUUUUAAGGUAACGCUAUUUUGGCUAGCAUUGUUAGGCUAGCUCGUUGUUUUCAUUGAGUGAGGUGAAGCUCUCCUGGAGCUCGUGCAAAUGUAUUUGGGGGAUUAGGAGUUCACUGCUGCUAUCUUUAGGUGUUUGUUUGUUUUUUCCUACUCAAAAAAAAAAAAAAAAACUGCAAACUAGGCUGUACUCUGGAUACAAUCUGCGGAAAUGAAAAAAUUUUUUGAUUCUCGUCGGGAGCUUGCGAGUUCCGGGCCUGGUUCGGGAGCCGGUGGUGGAAGCGCUUGUUGUUCCGGCGGCGGCGGCAGCUUCAUAGGAAGAAUGUUCAGCAUUGGACGAUACCAAGUAACAGUGGAGGAAAUAAUCGCCGAAGGCGGUUUUGCCAUAGUGUUUCUGGUGCGAACCCAUCAGGGUCAUCGCUGUGCACUAAAAAGAAUGUAUGUAAACAAUGAGCAUGACCUGCAGAUCUGCAAACUAGAGAUACAGAUUAUGAGAGACCUAGUGGGCAACAAAAACAUAGUUGGUUUUCUGGACUCCAGCAUAACUGCAGUGGGAUCUGGUGAUGUGUGGGAAGUCCUAAUCUUAAUGGACUUCUGUCGAGGUGGACAGGUGGUAAACCUCAUGAACCAGCGGUUACAGACGGGCUUUAGUGAAGCUGAGGUGCUGCAGAUCUUUUGUGACACGUGUGAGGCAGUGGCUCGUCUCCAUCACUGCAAAACUCCCAUCAUUCAUCGAGAUCUCAAGGUUGAAAACAUCCUCCUCCAUGACAGAGGCCACUACGUUCUCUGUGACUUCGGAAGUGCCACCAACCGCUUUCAGAAUCCACAGGAAGAAGGGGUGGCAGCUGUGGAGGAGGAAAUCAAAAAGUACACCACUUUGUCAUACCGUGCUCCAGAGAUGGUCAACCUCUAUGGUGGAGAAGCCAUAACAACAAAAGCAGAUAUUUGGGCCUUGGGUUGUCUACUCUAUAAGCUGUGCUUUUUUACGCUUCCUUUUGGCGAGAGCCAAGUGGCAAUUUGUGACGGCAGUUUUACAAUCCCGGACAAUUCCCGCUACUCCCAGGAGAUGCAUUGCCUCAUCAGAUACAUGCUGGAACCUCACCCAGAUAUACGACCAGACAUCUACCAAGUGUCUUACUUUGCCUUUAAACUUGCUCGACGAGAGUGUCCAGUUCCAAACCUGCAUAAUUCUCCCAUUCCUGCCAAACUUCCUGAGCCCAUCAGAGCCAGUGAGGCAGUGGCCAAAAAGAGUCAGACCAAAGCGAGGCUUACAGAUCCAGUCCCGACGACCGAGACAUCAAUUGCCCCCCGACAAAGGCCUAAAGCUGGCCAGGCGCAGCCCCAGCCUAUCUCAGGCAUUCUUCCCAUCCAGCCUGCUCUCACGCCACGCAAGAGGCCCAGUGUGGCUACAGGAACCACUCCAGCAAUAGGUGUCGGUAUCGGUGUCCCAGCUGCAGCUCAGGCUAUUCAACAAGUUCCAACUGUGCAGACCGCUCCGCAGGCAUUGCAGACGGCAAACUUGCAACUGCAAGGGACUCCUCAGCAUCAGCAACUAUUCAUGAAGCAGCAGCAAGCCCCUGCUUUCUUGAGCCCUCAAAUCAACCAGCAGCAUCAACUACAGGACCUCCAGCAACAACAAACACCUCCUCAACCGUCUGCUUUGCCACAGUCCAAUGCAAACGCCAUUCCUCCAGUUGUCCCCAUGCAGCAGCAGCAGCAGCAGCACCUUAUAGUUCAUGAAAAAGCCGCAUCCCAUCUCACAGCCAUCCCUGAGUCUGCAGUCAUAGGUCCUGCAGCAGACCCUGAGGGUUUUUGCCGAGGGAUUCACAAAGCUGGUUCCUUGACGCCCCCCUCAUCGCCAAAGAUCGCCCCUAAGAGCGGCCACAGACGGAUCCUAAGCGAUGUCACCCACAGUGCAGUAUUUGGGGUUCCAGUCAGCAAGUCCACCCAGCUACUUCAAGCAGCCGCAGCUGAGGCCAGCCUAAACAAGUCAAAAUCUGCUAGCACCACUCCUUCGGGUUCCCCAUGCUCGUCCCAACAGAGCGUCUAUCAUCCAGGUGGCGUUGAUGCCCCAUCAGGAUUUGCUGCACCCAACACCUCCGGCUGGAACCCAUUUGCAGACGACAACUUCUCCAAGCUAACAGCAGAGGAGCUGCUCAACAAAGAUUUUGCUAAAUUAGCCGAGACUGCCGCAGUGGAGGAGAAAGUUGCGCGUUCCAGUGAAGGUGUUAUUCCAGAGCUUAGUGCGUUUCCAGUAAAGACAGAGGUGUGCGUGGAUUCACUGAUUCCUGGUUUGAAUGCUCUCCCGGCCCAGACACACUCAGGCCAACCAGAGCUCAUUUGUCCCAGCAUGGCAGACUGUUACUCCAGGGAGGACUCUCUGCUGGGUCACGAUCUAUUAUCUCACACUCCUGUUGGAAGCCCGUCUGUCUCUGCCCUGCUUUCUUCCUCUUCCUACUCCUCUGCUCCUCUCCGCUCUGGGUCUUGUCUGGAGGAGUUGCUUCCUGGCCAGUCUGUUCCUGACUCUGCUUUCCUCAUGUCGGGUGGGGAGAAGGGCAACGAUGACGAGUUUGAUCCCAUUCCUGUGCUAAUCUCCAAAAGCUCAAAUCAAGGUGGUCACUCGCGCAGCAACAAUGGCAGUUCAGAAUCCAGCCUCCCAAACUUGGCUCGCUCCCUCCUGCUGGUGGAUCAGCUCAUCGACCUCUAGAGGGGGUGGGAGAGGUCGAAGGGGCAGUGUGCAAUCCUAGCAAAAAGAUACGCGGGAGGGUGGAGAGAUGGAGAUGGGCGAGCAGAGGCACUUACUGUAGCACCUUAUGAAAUGAGAAGAUUCUGUGUGAAUUGGUUCUGUGGAUCUAUUCCCUAUGCGGGGCCUCUUUCACCUCAACUCCAUCUCUGGUUGCCUGAUAAGCUGGUUCCAUGCAUCUCUGCUGGCUUUGUCGACAUUUCCAUGCUGGUAAAAAAAAAGGGUCUUGCUAACGCCAGAGCAUAUCGUCUGCUUUCACUUUUUUCAUCCUUUCAUUAACGCCCCUCAUUAGUUGCACGUCCAUGGAGACAAAUGUCUGCACCAUUUGAUCACGGCUGCAUCACAUUUAUUUUAUGUGCUUGCUCCAGUUGUAAAGCUACAGCGCGCCCUCUCCUAUGGCCGAGUGUGUCUGGGGUCUGAAUAAUAAGAGUUAACACAGUUUCCUGUAAAAGCUCUGAAAGAAUUCAUAAAAAAGCGAGAGGGGAAAAGGUUAGUUCGGGGCAGCAAUGAUUUAUUUCUCUACCUUCUGUGCUUUACUGUAGAGCAAAGAGAAUUCAAUUGACUUGUAUUGUGUUUAAGGAGGAACUUAAUGCUUCAAAGUGGCUGCAAGAAAGAAAUGUACUACAAAAUAGCCUAAAACAGAACGUUACGGGACAGGAGAGUCGUAUUUACCCAAGCUUCUAAACAACAUGGAAGCAGGUUAAGCAGUCUUAAUGAAGCAAAGAAAAUGGUUAAGUAGUGUCAGAAAAGCAGCUUCAGGAACCAGAAAGGCACACAGCACCUACCAAAUGUGAAGAGCAUUAAAGAUGACAAACCAGUUUCUUUAUUUGUUGUCCUGUUUUGUCUAGUUUACUUUGUUGUGCAGCCAGUGACUGUAUAUGAGAACUGGAUGGAGGAAUGUGACAUCACCCGUAGACAAUGACUUGUUUCCUGUUCCAACAAACUGAACUCAAUUGAGUUCAUUUGACUUUUUCCCGGUACGGACGCCGCCAUGUUUGAGUCAGAUGUUGUUAGUGCGCAAUCUGAGUCGAGAUCCUGUCUGAGUCACGAUUUCUAUGGCAACCACCCUUGCAAAUCAGGAGUGAGCUUGUUAGAGGCCAGACCCCUGCCACUUGAGAGCAGGCUCUGUAGAAUCUGUCAAUCAAACAUUUUGACAGUUCUAUGCAAGACCACAUACUUUUAUUGAGGGUUGGUCAGUCAAUGGAUUAGCAAUAACAUGUUAGAAGAAGGCAGCAGAGCCAGAUUGGUUAUUCUGAUAAAUACAGCGACUGAGUGAUUGCUGUUUAUUUCUCAAUAGAAGUCUAUUUCGGCUUCGUGGAGCCAGCAGGUACUUCCUAUCUGGACUCCUCUUCAAUCAGUAUAUUGAUUCCCCUCAUUUGUUUUCUUGUAUCCGGGUCCAGAGCAAGGACAACACGCCAUCUUUCUAGCUUAACAGAGAGAGCUGUGGCUGUUCAUGGAAGCAUACGGACUCCAUGUAUUUAUUCAUCUCUUAAAAGCCUCAGCAUUAGUUUUGUAAAUAUUAGGCGAGGUGCAUUGAAACUCUUAAGGCUUUUUACUCUGAAACAUUAAAACAUUUAACAGUAUAUUGCAUCACACGUCCAGCAAUACAGUAAAUUUUCAAAAAAAAAUACCACUUCAAAGCUCAAUGUUGUGUGGUCUGUGUUUUAUGAAGAAGCCCUUCUGUGGCUCCUUUUCUAGCUGUCAACCACAGGGAGGAGACGUCUGCAUUGAAAUGUCUCCCAAAUCUGUUUAAGAAAGAAACGAAAAACUGGAGGAACAUUGUUUUAAUAUUUCUUUCAGUGUCCAGAUUUUAUUGGGCCAUUUAGUUUCCUUCUGCUGUCAGGGUCAAGACAAUUCUACAGCUUUUUUUAAACUGUGUGCUUGUAAAUAUCAUUCAUAUUCAGAUAUACAAAUCUGUCUUUUCCAUCCUGUUCUUAUCAGAAUUUUGUUUGUUUUUUGGGGUAAAUGUAUAAACUAAGAAUAUUGUUCUCACAUGGUUUGAGUCAUUUUCACGGUUGAUGAUAAUUCAGAGUGAAUGUAUGGAGUGUAUAUGAUUAUAGAGUAUGAACAUUUAUGAGGCUAAAUGGGUUAAAGUUGUAUAUAUUGUAUCUAAAACUGUAUAUCAAGAGUGUCAAAUGUCAUUCUGCUUAUGUUUUUAUUUUAUUUCCUCUUCCAUUCAUGUCAAUUCUUUUUACCAAGCUGAUAUGAUGAGGGGAUUAUUAUUUUCUAUACGUCAUUUCUCUGACAGACAUAACAUGGAGAUCAUGGCUGCAUUAGUUUCCUGAAUAUCUGCAGUUUUGCUCCUCUCCCUUUGAAUGAGACAAAGCAGUUCAGAGGAAAUGUUCAUGUGCUCACAUUACCUACAGCUUGGGUCACUGUGUUAUAACCUGGAACGUCAGUUAUCAGAGGAAGAUGCUGCAUGAACUCUUGGGUCUUAUAAGCUCCAUAUCAACUAGUCCUUUUAAAAUACGACAAAGCGUCCGCCUCUCUGGAGGAUGUACACAAAUGCAGCCGGAUUAGGCCUGGACUGAGGGUGUUUGCUUCUCUCCGUUCUCCAUUAAUGAUCACUUGAGUCAUAUGUAUGCAUCUAUGCAAACUUUACAACAGCUCUCUUCUUAUCAGACGCCUGGGUUGAGUAGGACACUGGCUUUCACUUGCAGUGCUGGUUGAUCUGUCGUUGUUGCAGUAAAUGUGUAAAUGCUUGAGUUUGGGCAGGAGCUUUAUUCUGGUGGGAGUUUCUAUUUUUUAUGAAGGGGGGGUUCAAAAGGGGGCCGUACUUUAAAGGGACAAUAAAGCUAAUGAAUGUAAAUGAAGUGUGUUUGGGCUAUAUUUUCUGACCGAUUCAAAUAAAGAAAGGCUUCAUGUGG